CUUGGAUACGAUGAUGCGGCUCUUUUUACAGAGCUAUAUGGCGGCGCGCGAGUAUCAACUUGAACUUGUAAUUGAGAAACAGUUAGGAUGAGUCUAUCGCUAAGAGCGGAGUUUGCCCUGGACAAGAGCAAGAAGAAGAAGAAGAGGGAAUUAGCAGAGGAACAGAAACAGGAGAUCAAGGAGGCCUUUGACUUGUUUGACACCGACAAGGACAGAGCUAUAGACUACCAUGAGCUCAAGGUUGCUAUGCGGGCACUGGGCUUUGAUGUGAAGAAAGCUGACGUCCUGAAAGUACUGAGAGAUUACGACAGGGAAGGCUCCGGAAAGAUCACAUUUGAUGACUUUAAUGAAGUUUUGACUGACAUGAUGCUGGAGCGGGACCCACAGGAGGAGAUCCUGAAGGCCUUCAAGCUGUUUGAUGAUGACACGUCCGGCAAGAUCAGCCUCCGAAACCUGCGCCGAGUAGCAAGGGAGCUGGGAGAGAAUAUGACCGACGAGGAGCUGAGAGCAAUGAUUGAUGAGUUUGACCGCAACGGAGAUGGAGAGAUUGACGAGGAUGAGUUCAUCGCUAUCAUGACGGGGGACACAUAAGUCGAAGACGCUCCAUGGCAUCAUUCAAGGGGGACUCAUUGACUACCAGGAACUGACUGGCAGACCACAGCGCCUGUAUCAAGUGUACCCACAUACUACAUACACCAGUCAGGAGUUGUGGAAUGUUGAACCUGACCAGAAUGUUGACAGUCUAUCCAGGGCGAGACUUGGACACUGCCACUGGUACUUCAAGUGGGCAGUAUAUGUAUUAUAUAGAGGUAGAAUACUCCUGUGUGUGUUGACUGCUGACUUGAGGAACAGUCCCUGUGGCACAUUCUACACUCCUGUCAACUGUCUCAUCAAGACAUUCAUGAUGUUGGACGUCAACUGUCCUAAACUAUCGAUCUGUGGAAGGUUUGGGGACAUUAAACAUUUUCAUUGAAUUU